UGAUGCGAGAGCUUUCGGUGUCUGUGAUCAACAUCGGUGGACUGACUGCCUAAUGAUGGAGCUUUUUGGUCUCAUUUUACAGCCCUUUUGUUUCGUUAUUGGCUCCGACGCGGGGCGCUGUGACUCGUGUGUGUUUUGAGACGAGGAUAACGGAAGAAUUUGAGGAGGAAACAACGGUUUCGUCUCGUCACUCGUCUGGCCUGUCUUGUCACUGACACAGGUGGAUUGCCGCUGGAAAACGGCAUCGAAAUGAAGACAUAAUCUCGGACUGUCACAGAGGGGACACUCUUUGUAGUCACCUCUCAAAUCGUGGAAUACCAACGCUAUUAUUUGGUUUGAUUUAAUCGGGAGAGGUAGGAAUAGGACUGUCUGUCGUGUUAGCUCGCUAAUAGGCUAAUUUCGCUAGCUAGUCAGUUAGCAGCUUCUCUGGCCAAUGGCACGGAAGAAGUGGGAUGCUCGAAGGAGGAGUUUACGUUAGUUGCUAGCAUAAAUUCAUUUGAAGGUUUUACUGUCGCUUUUAUAUUCAGUACCCCUCCUUGUAUUUAGAUAUUUCACAUUAUGGCUUUUCCGUUUUCAGCUUUGUUUCCUCGCUGUACUUUUGGCUCCUCCGCAGAUUAGCUUGCGAUGGAUAAGGUUGGAUAAUCGGCUAAGAAAGCUAAUGUUGACAAACACAGGUGAUUUAACGCGUUAAUUUGUAUUGUUUCAAAUUGGCUCCCGAGCAGACGUUGUUGUCAGUUAAUAUCCGAGGCUUUAUCGCGGUGGUUUGCCAGCUUUCAAGCCGAAGUGAAGCAUGUUGGCGUCGGAUGUGCAACAUUUGGCAACAACCAGGAGUGGACCUGCCAUGACAGAAAGGCACACAGUAGGUCAAAACACAUUAACAUUAGUAACGUACGGCUGAGAAAUUAGCAUGAAUGUUGAAUUUAGGUAACACUCUCACUGUUUCUAAGCCUACCCACCGUCUGAAAACUAGUCUGCGUUACACUGUUAUUUUUAAAAACACAACACCUGCCUGCAUAUUUACGCUUCAGAGGUGGACAAUGUCUGCAGGACACUUUCACAUGUCACUGGAGAUGUGCAAAGCCAUUUAAAAACAUGGCAUCGAGGAUCUUGACGACAGCAGUGAGAUAAUACAGCAGCUUUCUCAAGUUUGUAAAGUGGAUCAGUCAGUAUAAAUGGAGCCGACAGUUGUGUCUGGCCCUUUGGGGCACACACAGUGGGAGUCAGAACAGCCAUUUCCUGUCGGGUUUCACAAACUGGAUUCAGACAAUGGAGGUGUGCUCUGUCAAAACAAUGGUGGCCAGACAGGUUUCAGGAAAGGCGAUGAGGAUGAUACAUCCCAGCAAAAUGAUGAUGAGAACAUUUACCAGGAUAAGCCAGUAGAGCUGGACAACCUCAUAAAUAUCUCUAAUUUUUCUUGUGGAGAUUUGCAGUUUAAAGGGGAUCAGUCAACUAUUUCCAAAGCUUCUCUCCAUAUAGAGGAACUGUCCUUCACAGAAAAAACUGAUGGAACAGAUGAACUGAGUGACUGCACUUUGUCGUGGCUAUUUUCUCCCAAACUUACCGAUGUGGUUGGGAAAAGCCCUGCCAAUGAGGAACUGACACAGGAGGCCCUACUUGAGAGCUCAGAUGCCUUCACUAGUCAGGCUGAGCUAAUAAGCCUCAGUGAACCUGUCUCCCCGUUGAAGAUUUCCGAGCAAAAUUACGAGACCGACACAAGUGAUCCAUUUUUGUUGGUAGAUCUCCUCUCAGAUGAACAUCCCUCCGAGUCCUCAGGUGAGUUGAACCCACAUGGUGUCAGUGAGGAGCUGGUAGACCUGUCACAAGAGGAGCAGGCAGGUCUCCCUCCCUCACAGAGCAGAGAGACUUUGUCAGCUGAAACCGGAGACAAAGGUUUAUUCCCCGAUCAAGUGACUGUAACCUGGAGCACUACCCUCCAAGGUUUACCUGAGAACUGCCUCCCGCAUAACCACGUCAGCACGCCAGUGGAGUGUUUUGAAGGAUCUGUGCCUUUGUUGGAUUUAGAUGUUCCAGAUUGCAGUGUGAGCCUGUGCCCUGCCAGUCCUCCCUCUGUUAUCUGCACAGGUGUACCAUUAGAUUUAUCAACAGAGGAGUCGGAGGGGGAACAUGUGGGAGCUGCUGUAAUUAGAAAUGUGACUUCAGAGCAACAAGGUGAGAAUGACUCACUCGCUCUGGGUUUGUCAGCUGAAGCUUCAUCACUGACAGUGCCUGUGGAAGAUGCCCGCAUCCAGGAUGAUUUCACCAGUGAGAGUUCCUCUGGGGAAAUUGAGUCUAAGGAUUUGAUGGAUGACAUUAUUUGUUCUGAAGCCAAAAAUCAGGGGAAUGAGGCAAUGGCUUUGGAUCUGUGCUUGACUGCUGACGAGGUCCACGACAAGGAAACGUGGGACUUGAAACCUCAGGAGGAUCCGAGUGUUCCUGAUCCCACACCUGAACAGAGGGAAGAGGAGAGGUUGGCGGAAAGUAACCAGCUCGAAGGAUCAGAUUGUCAUGAAGCGGCCUCGUUCGAUUUUUCAGUUCAGGACUUACAAACUUCUUCUCCUGAGGCCGGAUGGACUAGUGAGCAAACUGUGGAGACAAUUUCCCUCUCUAAGAUGGUGGUAGAUGACUCACUGCCAAUGGUCUCGGCUGUGAAUACGAGGGAGGAAGAUGUCUCCCCACUAAAAGCUGUGUUCGAUGCUUUAGACCAAGAUGGAGAUGGCUUCGUUCGCAUUGAGGAGUUUAUGGAGUUUGCUGCUGCCUAUGGGGCCGAUCAGGUGAAGGAUCUGACCAAGUUUUUGGAUCCCAGUGGACUGGGAGUGAUCAGCUUUGAAGACUUCCACCGUGGGAUCUCUGCGAUCAGCAAUGGAGGUCCAGAGCCGCAGCUCUACAAUGUAAACUACAGUCCAGGCGAUGGAGCUGUGGGCUGUCCCGAGGAGUACGACGAGCAAAAUGAGGUGACAGACAGUGCAUACCUGGGCUCCGAGAGCACUUACAGUGAGUGUGAGACCUUUACCGAUGAGGACACAGGAGCACUUGUACCUCCAGAGAUGCACGAGGAUGUGGAGACAGACAGCGGCAUCGAGGCCACGUUGCACGACCCUGAAGAUGGCGGAAACAGGUUUUCCCUGAACUCUGAGCUUCAUAACCACUCGCUGGUGACGGUCAUCGGUGGAGAGGAGGAGCAGUUUGAGGACUUUGGGGAAAGUAACACCUCAGAGUUGCUCCUGGAGAGCAGCGUGGAGGGAACGGAGGGGGAGGGCGACUCACCUCUCGUGCAGCCAGCUGAGCAGAUCAAUGGCUCCUCACUGCUCUCUCCCAGUGCACCUGCUCCUCUCCCUGACUGCUUUCAGAGCUUCCUCAGGGAGGAGGCGCUGGACUUUUUCUGUAGCCAGUGUCACAAACAAAUAAGUCGUCUCGAGGACCUCUCCACUCGUCUCAAUUUCCUAGAGAUGACUAGCGCUGGCAAGAGACUGUCCAGCAAGAAAGUAGCAAGACAUCUCCUCCAGAACAGCUCGAUGACUCUGGACACCAUGAGCGACUUGACGCGGGACAUCCUGGAGCUCGCCGACAACGACAUCACGGACAAGGUGCUCCUCCUCGAGCGUCGGGUGGCGGAGCUGGAAAAGGAGUCGGAGGCAUCAGGGGAGCAGCACACGCGGCUGCGCCAAGAGAACCUGCAACUGGUGCACCGGGCCAAUGCCUUGGAGGAGCAGCUGAAGGAGCAGGAGCUCCACACUGAUGAGCAGCUACAGCAGGAGAGCCGCCGUCACAAGGAGGCUCUGACCAAGCUGGAGAGGGAGAGAGGGCUGGAGCAGGAAAACCUGCAGGCCAGGCUGCAGCAGCUGGACGAGGAGAACAGCGAGCUGAGGUCCUGUGUUCCUUGCCUCAGAGCGAACAUCGAGAGGCUAGAGGAGGAGAAGCGGAAGUUGCAGGAUGAGACAGAAGUCAUGACCGACAGGCUGCAGGAGGAGAUGGAGUCCCGCAGAAAGAUGGCUGACAAGCUGACCCAUGAGCGCCACCAGAACCAGAAGGAGAAGGAGAGCACUCAGGAGCUCAUUGAGGACUUGCGUAAACAGCUCGAACACCUACAGCUCUACAAGCUGGAGGCCGAAGCAAAGAGAGGGCGCACACCUGGCGCCGGGCUGCAGGAGUAUCAGACCCGCACACGCGAAGCUGAGCUGGAGCAAGAGAUCAAACGACUCAAACAGGACAACCGCAGCCUAAAGGAGCAGAACGACGAGCUAAAUGGGCAAAUUAUCAACCUGAGCAUCCAGGGAGCCAAGAACUUGAUGUCGGCCUCCUUCUCUGACUCCCUGGCAGCUGAGAUUAACAAUGUCUCUCGUGUGGAGUUGAUGGAGGCUGUCCACAAACAGGAGGAGAUCAACUACAGACUCCAGGACUACAUUGACAAAAUCAUCGUGGCCAUCAUGGAGUGCAAUCCCUCCAUCUUAGAGGUCAAAUAGACGCCACACAGCCAGGCGGCCGCGCACAGUGACUCCUCAGGCUGUCGGAAAAUACUGGAGACUUGGCUAAAAGAAAACGACCAGGAGAAGGAUGUAAAAAUGUUUGGACAUCAUUUUGGUAGGAGAACAACAACGCACUCAACUUAUCCAACUCCUCCCUAAAAAAAGAAGGAUUUAAGAUUUCUAAGAAGCCCAUGGCUGUCAGUGAAAAAUAAGCAAUUUUCAGUUAGAUAUCCCUCGAGUCCGUGCUUAUUUGUGAGUGAAUAUGCGUCAGCCCUCCUGAAUACACUUGGGUUCUGGUGACCUCCAUGUAUUUGGCUAGAGGGACCCGAGUCUUCCCCUUGUUGAGAGAGUGAAUGUGUAAAUGUGUGCGAGUGGUCGGUGUCAUAAAGAGUUAGAAAAUCGUCCCGUCCCUUUCCCAAAAAAAAACAAAGUGUCAACGUUUAAAACGAUCAGACAAUUCUACAGAACCGAAAAGGCCUUAAAUGAAAGGUGAUCCAAGUAUUCAUAAGUAUUCAUUAAUUAAGCAUGCCAUACAUGCCUCAGUUCAGACAGUGAAGGGUUAACUGGGAUGUCGGUGGUAUGUGGGCUGUGAUCUCCUGAACCAGGCUGAGUCAUGUUUUAAUCACACGUGAGAAAGCCGUAUGAAGCACUGGGCAGGAGAUCGGAGCAGCAGUUUCUCCUUUGAAUUUGUCUUUCGUGUAUUUAAAGGAAUAUUUCACCCACAAAAUGAUCUUUUGUGUGUCAGUUACUCACCCUGUGUUUGGCGAAAUUUGCAAAGAAGAUGUUGUUUUUCUCUCAUGCCCCCGCGUGAACGAAGAAUCCAAAAAUGGAAAGAAUUUCUUGAUGAAUUGAAGUCAUAGGGGUCCGUGUUCAACAACAGUAAAACUAUAUCAAAACAUCUGUUUACAAACUCUCACACGACUCGUGCCGUAUAAUUUAAGUCUGAUUUAUUCAGUCUUAUGCUCAUGACUCCAAACAGACAGCCAUAACUGAUGAGAAACGUAUCUGUGCGUCCUCAGUCAGACUCCAUUAACACAGACAGUCAUUUUGUGUGUUUAUUUGUAUUUAGUGAAUCCAAACUAAGUAUUAAAACACCCAAAGUAACACAAACAGAUCUCAGCUGCAGUAGAUUAGCGGCUCCUGUGUUAAGCCAAGUAGAGCUGUUUUUUGUUAGGGAUGCAGGAUACAGAAUGUUUUCUGUGGGUAUCCAAUAUGUAAUAACAUUUCGUAUCUCAUUUAGCCGAUACCAGUAUAUCCACUUUUUUCAUUACCUAAUUUUAGUGAUGAGGAAGUUCUCUUCUGUAGUAUAGUUAACAUCAUAAUAAGCAUACUCUUAUCGUGACGGCCCACCAGAAAAUGGAGACAUGAAGGAUAAUGCUUUUUAAUAUGUGCAAAAUAAGAAAAAUACUUCGACUUAGGGUUGUUUUGUACAUGUUCACUUUGUCAACAAUAAAAAAACAACAUAUAUAGGUUUGUGAUAGCGGCAGAAAUCAGCACGUUGGCAGAUUCCGAUAUUUUAUUUCAAAGCCAAUAUCGGCUGAUACCGAUGACGUGCUCAUAUUAACAUGCAUCCUAGUUUUUUGUCAGCGGAGUCUGGCUAUGAAGAGAGUGUAGAUAACUUUCCGUUCAGCUCCCUGUUAGAAAUGACUGUGUGUUUGGGAAGUACUGAGCAUACCUCUGGAGAAAUGAGACGUGGAUUUUACGGCACAAGUUGUGUGAGUUUGUAAACGGAUGUUUUGAUGUAUUUUUUCAUUUUUGUUUAGAGUUUCCGAAUGACUUCAAUUCAUCAAAGUUUUUUUCAGGUUUUGGACUUUUUGUUCACCACCGGGGAAGUUUUCUACAUGGAUUCAGUGUAACACAGGGUGAGUAACUGAUAAAUAAUAGUUAUUUGGGGGGUGAAAUAUUCCUUCAAAGCUUGCGGUGCUCCCUACCAGUCCCUAUAACAGUGUGUUCUGUCCUUUAACCAAGUUAGACUGUCUUUCCAGUGAACUCAAGUGAGGGACAUUUCUAGAGGUCGAGGAUGAGAAAUGCCCUGAGGGUUUAUUUUGUGUGUGUGUGAGGUGUUGUUUUUUUGCGUAGUGUUACUUUAAGGUUUUAAAAAAAAAAAAGCUUGGUGACACUAACGAAUAAUAUAAGCUUCAAUAUCCCAAAUGAAGGAAGUGGUUUAUAAUUUGCUUCAUCUCAUUUUUUGUUUUACAAUGAAACAGGGUCCCGGAGCUCAGGUGGGCUGGAAACCUCAAGUGGAAAACAAAGUACUACAUCUCCCAUCACUCCCUGGCACAAAUAGUAAAUGACUCAAACUGAUCUCACAAAGUGUCGAUUGUAACUGACAAAAUAUAACCUGCUCAUACUGACACAUAUUUUUUUUUAAAUCUCCAGACACUUAAACUAAGCAUGAAGGGACACUGAUUAGUGAUUCUGGGAAUUGUAGUCAAGUUUUCUUGUUUUUUUUAGUACAGCCCACCUGACCCCGGUGUUCUCUUGCUGAGUGAAAGUAAUGGGGAGCAAGUUUAUCCAGGUAACCAACCCUUUUUUUUAAUCGAUGCACAGGUGAUUUAUUGUCGGUAAAAAUGUUAUUGAGACUGAAAAAUGACGACAUUUGACAAGUUGUAUGUGAAUAAUCAAAUGGUUGUACUUUGCACUAAGUUUUGUUUUGAUUUCAUUAUUGUUUUGUUGAUAGAAAAAAAAACGUUUAUUGUGAAGGGAUCAAAUCAUAAAUGAAGAUAGUUUUGAACUGGUGUGGGCUGCAGAUAUCCCUCUCACACUAAAAAAAGAAAAUGCAUCGCACUGUUUAAUAUCAUAAUGAAUUGGAAACAGUGAAGAAUACCACAAACUACAUUUUGCAGCCAUGAGUUUAAUAUUUAGUUAUACAUUGUAUUUUUCCAACCAUUGGGAGUUCAGAUGAGCUUUUUUUUUUUGCUGGUUGUUGGCUAGUUUUAUCGUUUUCCAGACCAGAUUUAAUACUAAAGAGACGUGGCAGACUUUGGUAGCAAUAAUGCUUGGAACGAACAUUGAUGAAGUGCAGUUGAAACCAACCUGCUCUUUAUUUCCUCUGCUGAAGCAACAUCUGCUUUUUCUGAAGGACUGAUUUUGGACUGAUGCUUUAACGGUACUGCGCAGCCAUCACUUUUGGACUUUGGACUCAGAAACUGGACACAAGAUACCUGCUGGACAUCUUCACAGAUUUCUAGUUGAAGGGUAGUCGGGGGAGUUUGUUUUUGUCUCAACAGCAUGGCAUUCUGCACCAAUAUGCGACGAGGAAUUCCUAUCUGUCACCCCGUUCACAUCUGUGUCACUGCUCUCCUUCACCUGCCACUCCAUGGAAAAAUAUGGCCUUGGAUGUAAAUGACUUGUACAUGUAAAGUUUUUUCUACACUCAUUCUAGAUUCUAGGUAUUUUUAUAGUCAGAGGAAAACGAACAUUUCUUCUUCUUGUCUUAUGCUGAGAGACAGCUGCCUGUAUUCUUCUCUAGCAUGUAGCGUGUACAGUAUCUGUUGGGGAUUUUUUUUUUCCUUGUUAGAAGUCACAUGCAGAUAUUUAUUCAUCAUUUGACACACUCUGUGAUCUGUUCUGCUGAGUAUAUCUUUGUACAUUAUUUUGAAUACACAGCGGGGGGAUUGAAAUCACGGCGAAUGAAUCUGCGGGAGAAUUUAUUGAGAAGAGAAAUUGUCUUUUGAGGUGACUCGCCAUUUUGUGUUGGAAAAGCUUGAACGUGACCUGCUCGGAGUGGUCAUUUGUCGAGGUCGCGGCACUCUUCUGUUACGCUGACGUUGCCGUGACCUCCUCAGGGUUGUGAUUUUUUAGACAUAAUGGCCGAGUCUGCAGUUUCUACUGUUGUCUUCCCAGAUGGAAUCAGGUCCUGCAUGGAAACCGAUUUUUUUAAUUGUAUAUCUCUGAUUCAGUGGUUUGACCUAUGUUUUGACCGACAAAUAAUAUGCUAUAAUUUCCAUUAGUGGAGCUGUGAGACCUCACAAUGUCAACACAAGACACCUAAAACCUCAAGGCUGUGCUGAGUUCAGCUUCCUGCCUUCUAGUGUGACAGGAGGUUUGCCCCCAACAGAUUUAAUACUCCAUUCUUUAUCCUAAUAAAUCCUUUUUUUUUUUUGCAUUACAAACAGGAAAUGGGAUGACACUUGAACACAGCAGGCUACACUUAAUUCUCUCCCUGCUUCGUAUAAAGUAUUUGACAGAUAGUUUUGGGACUAACAGGAGCGGCAACAGAAUAAGUAGUGAGACCAGAGCUGACAAACAUUCCCUUUUAGCAGAGCUGAAGGUGACUGCACUUUAACCACCAAAUUUCUCCGUUUUAACGCCUGCUUUCAAAAUGACCAAAGACAGAUGUUUCAACUUAAGCUGAUCCUUCUUAUCUAUCAGGGUCUGUAACAUUUUCCUGCUCUGAUAAAUCAACAACCUGCCCUGACAGAAAACAAAAAAAAAAACUGGCCUGCUAGUCUAAACACUGUGCCUCUGUGUCUCAAACUUUGCCUCUAAAACUAACCUGACGAUGAGCCCUGGGGAAAGCACUGACCACGUGACUGUCAGUUUGUUAAAUUAUACUGAUGACAUACCUAAACUGUAAAUAUGAAUUGUCAUUUUUGUGAACUUUCUCUCUCUCACACACGCACAUACACACACACACACACACACACACACACACUCACUUCCAGUGUCCAAAGAAAGUUUGCUCAAGGCACAAACAUCACUACUGUAGUAGUGCAUGGCUUGCCAUUAUGUGACAUGGGAAGAUUUGAAAAAAAAAAGAGUGAAUAUUGUAGAAAAGAGAAAUUGUAAAAGUUAAAUUUAUUCCUAUUUUCAAAGAUAAAUGUAUAAAUUAUAACAGUAUUGGUUACAGCUGUAUAUUAUUUUUGAAGAUCCCCAAAUGAUCUAAUCCUAAUUGUUACAGGGGAAAUAUAAUUUCAGUCAUUGUAAAAAGAGAAAAAAAUAAAGGUAAGAAGUGAAAGUAAGAUUAGAAAAAUAA